AUGUCAUGGGGAAAACGAGUGACUAUUUUGAGCGCCUUCUGGCUUCGGAUGAUUGUCGUUACAGCCUCAAUCGUACACAUCAUUUACAUAAGACGCCUAGUUAUCGACAACCAGUUUCUUCACAAUGUAUGGCAGACUGUAGUCUGCCAAAUAGUUGUCCAGAGCACGAGCAUUGUGACCGCCUGUAUUCCAUUCUUGAAGCCUUUCCUGGUGAGCCUGGAGUCAGGCUUCCUUCGUGCCGACGAUAUAAAUAGACGAACUGCCGCCGGGAUGUAUGGAUCUGACCGCAAUCCGAAAAGCUCUGGAGGAGCAUCAAGUUACAUCAAGAUGAAAAACCAAAAUUGGAAUAGCCGAGAAUUUUCGGUCAAAAAUCAACAAUCUGUGGCUGUAGAAGAAAACAGCAAUAAAUGA